UGUUUAUUUAUUAAAAAAAGCGAAAUAGAAAUGGAUAAAAGGAGAUUAUAAAUGGCAAUUUUGUUAUUCUUAGAAAAUCAAAAAGAAUAUAACGAAAAAACCUGUUUAUUACUAAAUGAGUUAAAACAAAAUAGAGUGAAAGUAAAAGCAAUUCUUGAUUGUAACGCAAGCUUAAGAACUGGGAUUACAAUCGCUCAGUCACACAUACGAAAUGUUUGGAAAUUCGUAAGUAAAUAAAUAUUUUAAUUUGGGAUUGAAAUAAAAAAAUUUGUAUUUGAAAUACCGAAGUGAUAAAGUUUGGGAGCACGAUAUUCCUGCAAUGGAUGUAGCAAGGUUUAAGGAAAACUUUCGCGUAGAUAGAAGCACUUUCCAAAAAUUGUGCGAAAAAGUAAACAAUAUCGGUAAAAUGGAUAGCAACAUGCGGCGCUGUAUCCCACUUGAAAAAAGAGUAGCUAUUGCACUCUUUUCAUUGGGUUCGGCAGCAGAAUAUAGAAGCGAUAGUCUUGCGGAUUGCAUUGAUGCAUAUCCCCCACAUCCACAAGAACUAAAAAUAAUUGUCGAAGGGCUCAAAAUGAUGGGAUUUCCACAAUGUUUUGGUGCUGUAGAUGGUUGUCACAUUGAAGUUCAGCCCAAAAAAGACGAAGCCGUAGAUUAUUAUAACUACAAAGGAUGGUAUUCGGUCAUUUUGUUGGCAAGUUGCGAUCACAGAUCAAAGUUUACGUACAUAAAUAUAGGAUCCACAGGACGAAACAAUGAUUCCUAUAUAUUUGAGAGGAGCUCCCUUAAACAUUUCCAUGAGCACGCUGGUAUUUUUAAACAAAAUAACCAAGCAAUUGAAGGCAUCAAUGUACCGGUGCUUCUUAUUGGCGACUCAGCCUUCCGUUUAUCACGUCACAUGAUGAAACCAUACCCAUAUGUGGCUAAUCAAACUCCAGUAGAAAAGCUCUAUAACUAUCGACUGUCCAAAUGUCGCCGAGUGAUUGCGAAUGCUUUUGGUCAGCUUAAAGCGCGCUUUCGUUAAAUUGGAAGAGGCUUGCAAGUAACUCCUAAAAAUGUCAAUAUUAUAAUUAGAGCGUGUUGCGUUUUGCACAAUUUUCUAAAGAUUGAGAACGAUGAAGUUUCUUCAGUUUGGAUUCAAGACGCAGCAGAAGAUGCAACAAGACAUCAACCCAAUUACAUAUAGAUACAACAAGAUUAGGAGAAAAUGAUUCAACAGCGACAGCAAUUAGGAAUGCCAUCGCAAUGAGUUUCCAAAACGUAACAACUCUCUCAGUCAAUAUUUUCCCGUUCUCCACCACUGUCUUCAGCAAUUCGUUAGCGAAGCAUUUCAAUUUUGUCGAAGAAUGUCUAGCGAAUUGGCAUCAAAAUGUGAAUGAACAGAAGUGUAAGAUCUUCCAUUUUCGCUACGACCAAAAAUGUGCCCGGCAAUAAAAAUAAACAAUAUUUUAGUACCCCAAGAGAACGAAGUAACAUAUCUUGGUAUUCACCCAGAUAGAAGGCUCAAGUGGAGAAAACAUAUCUCUAGUAAAAUUACAUGUAUGAAGAUUAGCGCUGCAAAUUUAAUUUGGAUUUUAAAUAAAAACUCUAAACUUAGCCUAGAAAACAAAGGGCAUUCUCUUGCUCUUGAAAGAUUGCACGGUGCAAAAACCCUAUACCGAAA